AUGGAUAUUAGUAACAAGAGAAAAUAUAAUACUGAUAUGAAAAAUGUAAAACAAUGGUUACAUUCUACAAAAACAAGAUGUGAUUCGUUAAAAACUCAUUUGGAAUACAUGAAAAUGUUAUAUCAUGAUAUACCAAAAAUACCAGAAACUAAAAAGACUUUGAGUAGUUUAAAUUGGCAAAAUCCUAAAAUUGAGCUUUCUAAUAAUAAUAAUGAAACUGUAAUUUCCAAACAGACAAAUUGUAAUAAUUCUUUGGGAGAAUACUCUAAUAUCCAAUAUGAGAACCAAGAACAUGAAUCUUCCUUAAAUUCAAAUUUAGUGAACAUUUUGUCACAAAUUAAUAUGCAACAUAAAGAAGAAGAAAAAUCAGAAAACUUAAAUGAACAGAAAGAAAGAGAUUUUGAAUUAUCUUCCAUUACAUCUCAAACUUAUAAUCUUUCCCAGAACACAUAUGUACAAUCAAGAUCAUUAUCACCAAUUCAUCAAGAAAACAUGAUACAGUGUGAAGAGCAUAAUCACAAUUGGCAAUAUCCGUAUCAAAAGCAUUUAGCAGAAUUUUCUACAGAAUUAAUACAAAAUGCUGCGAAUGCAAAGAAAUCUUUUGAACAGUUAAUUCUGGAUAAUCAGAAUGAAUACUUGCUUCAAGAAUUAUCUUCUGUAAGAGAUGAUAGUAAAUUUAAUAUUUCUGGUAGUGUAAAAGAUGGAUCUAUAGAUAAAAGUAAAAUUUGUGCAAAAAGUGAGAAAAAGGAAAAGGCAGUGUCCUCAACAUUAUCAAGCAAGAAAGGUUCCUUAUGCAAGUUAGAUGAUACUAUUUCUCUGAAAUUUAAAAGGAGAAGAAAAAAAGUACAUUCUUCUAAUUCAAGAAGUACUGUGACUACAAGGGAUACAAAUUUUGUAGGAAGAAAGGACACAAAAAAACGAAAACAAAAAAAUAAUGUAAAUAAUCGUCAUACAUUGAAGUCUCAGCAGACAUCUAAUGAAGUAGUGGAAAUUUAUCAUAAUACAGCAGCAAAAUGCGGUAGCACUUCUGCUAUUCCUAGUAAACAUUCAAAGCUUGAUCACCACAUGAACUAUAUUAACAUAUUAAAAUCUUCAGCUGUAAAUAAACGACAAACUAUAACUGUAAAGCCAAAAUGUGAGGACAAUAGUUGCCACAUUCGAAAUAUUGAUGUAAAUAGUCAGCAAAAUUAUUCUCAAAGGCAACAGGAAUUUAAACAGAAAACAGAAGGAAGAAGUACCAAUACUAAUGAUCUGAAUUAUACUUUGGAGGUUUCAAAUGCUGCUCCCUUAUGUGCCAUGGAAAAGUGCUACUCACAUCAUUGUCAAAGUGCAAUUAUGCAAGCACCAUACUGUGACCCAAUAGUUACUCAUAAUUAUGAAAUGCCAACUUUGGCUUCAAAAUUAAAAAGAUCGAAUCGCUCGUACUUCGGUAGAUUCAACUUUCAAAAUAUACCCUUUGUAGUGGGUACUUCUGUAACCCCAAGUCAUAAUUUAGGUUUAAAUAUUCAACAAGUUUUAAGUAUAAUGAAAAAUAGACAAUCUGCUGGAAGUGGAAUUACUCCUGUUCUUAUUCGUAAAAUUAGCAGAGGUAUGAAGCCUGUGUCUAUUCUCAUGGAACAAAUAAAUAAUCAGCAGAGUAAACUAUCUCAUGUAAAUUCUCGAAUGACCAACAUACACAUGCAGAAGGAAAAUUUAUUUAUGAAUAAAUGUGAGCAGUUAGAAAAUGAAAAUGUGUUUUUGAAAUAUGAUAGAAAAGAAGUAAAUUUAAAAUGUAAUUUUAAAUUUGCAUUUUUCAAUUUGCAAAAUUUACUAAACAAUGUAUAUCAUUGAAUAUACAUAUUUUAUCUUAAAAUAGUAUAAAAAUUCAUUUUUCAUUAUUUACAGGAUACUAGAUCAGAGAAUCUAUUGAAUACACUAAAUACAACACAGUUACAUGCAAUAGACAAUAAAAUGUUAAAAUUAUUUGCUUCCCAACAAAAUGUCAAUUCAGAAAUGGAUACUUCAAAUAUACAAUUCAAAACAUAUCAAGGCAGUAUAUGUGGUAAAGACGUUUGUAACACCUCAUCAGUUAAUCAAUCUCAAAAUUCAAAGGGAAUACGAGAGGUUCUAAUUAGUCUUCAUGAUCAAUUUGAAGAAAUGAAUAUAAAAUAUGAAAAAUUACAAGCAAAAAUAAAAGAAUGUAGUAAUAAAGGUUUAGAAGAAGAAAUACUAAAUCUGGAAAAAGAGUUAAGUGCUAAAGAAGAUGAGAUAAAUGCUGUUGUAAAUUUGUAUAAAGAGGUAAUGGCAUUAAAACAUCAAAUGAGAGUAUUACAAGAAAAGAACGGUUAUAUAUGCAUAUCGACAGAAAUUCCACUGGGAUCGAAUAAAUUAUGUUCAUCUGUGCCCUUUACGUCAACUAAAUCUUGUGGGUCAAGUUUUCAACAAAGAUUUUGUCACAGAAGAGGAAAUAGUGUUAUUACAACAAGAGAACCUACUUCUCUUCGAUUAGCGGGACUUUUACGACAAAUUCAAACAUUUCAAAAGCAAUUAAAACUGACGUCGUGGUAAUGGUACAUC